UUCGAGGUUCAGUGGGGAGAGACGGUGAGGAGGAGAGAAAUUAGCGCGGAAAGGCAAGAGCAGAGACGCGGAGAAGACAGGAUGAAUCUCAAGAAUCAUUUGAUUUUCACCCUCUACACUAUUUAUGGGAUUCUUCUGAAAGUGAUGGCUUCAAAAGGCAAAGUUCGAGGCAUCAGCGGUCAGUACCCUCUGGUUCAGAAUGUGACGGUGACAGAGGGUGGGACGGCAAACCUGACCUGCCGUGUGGAGUAUAAUGACAACACCUCCCUCCAGUGGUCAAACCCGGCACAGCAAACCCUCUUCUUCGGGGACAAGAAAGCUUUAAGGGACAACAGGAUCGAGCUGGUGCGCGCGUCGUGGUCGGAGCUGACCAUCAGCAUCAGUGAUGUCUCGCUGUCUGAUGAAGGCAUGUACACCUGUUCUCUCUUCACCAUGCCUGUGAGAACGGCCAAAGCCUACCUGACUGUUCUAGGCGUGCCAGAGAAGCCAGAGAUCGAUGGCUUGACGAAGCCUGCCUUGGAGGGCGACCAGAUCACUCUGACCUGCAUCACUCAGGGCAGCAAGCCCGCCGCUGACCUGCGCUGGUUCAGGAAUGAAAAGGAGGUCAAAGGUGCCAAAGAGGUGAAUGCGAGCGGGAAGACAUUUACUGUACGGAGCUCUCUGAACCUGCGAGUGGACAGAAAUGAUGAUGGAGUGGCCUACACCUGCAGAGUGGACCAUGUGGCACUCACACAGACAACACAGCAGGCCACCGAAGUGCUGGAGGUCCACUAUCCUCCUCGUGUGGAGAUCAUCCACUCCCUUGCAAUUCCUCAGGAGGGUCAGUACUUAAAGCUGGAGUGUGUGUCCAAAGGAAACCCUUCGCCAGAUCCUGUGAUGUGGACAAAGGACGGGGGUGAACUUCCUGACCUGGACCGUAUGAUUGUAGAGGGGAGGGAGCUCACCUUUACUUCACUCAACAAGACAGACAAUGGCACCUACCGCUGCGAAGCCACCAACCACCUAGGGACCAGCCAAGCUGAAUAUGUACUCUACGUCUACGAAGCCCCCACCACCUUGCCUCCAUCCACCACUCCCCCCCUACAUCCCAUCCCUCCAGAUCCUACUGCACUAUUAGGCACCCACGCCUCAGACCCCACAGUCACUGGCAACAGAGAUCCCAACGCUCUGGGGCAGCACGGCACUGACCAUGCCUUGAUCGGAGGAGUGGUGGCUGUAGUGGUCUUUGUCACCUUGUGUUUAAUCAUUGUUCUGGGAAGAUACCUGGCCAGGCAUAAAGGAACAUACUUGACAAACGAAGCCAAAGGAGCGGACGAUGCGCCCGACGCCGACACAGCCAUCAUCAAUGCUGAGGGCAACCAUGCACACGCAGAAGAAAAGAAAGAAUACUUCAUUUAGACUGCAGGGGGAGCUAUGCAGCCCCCCCCCCCCCUUCCUCUUUCAGUCUCUGUAUCUCUUUUUCUCUCUUGCUGUCUCCCUCUUUUUCUUCUCCACCUCUGACCACUGCCCCCAUCGUGACCACGAGGAACCCGCAGGCAGUCCACAGACAGAGAAGUUCCCCAAGUGUUUUCCUGUUAUUGCCUUUUUGUUGAGCCCAUUUCUAUCAUUUACAUUUUGUCCUUUCUUACUUUCUUUCUUUUUUUCUUUUUUUCUUCUUCUUUUUGGCAGCCAGUUUUCACAGGCAGCUUGCUGCUGAAGUGGUUCUCUUUUGUCAUACUUUUCCUCAUCUUUGACAUGAAUUCCUGGAAAUCUGUGUAUCUACCAUGACUGCUUCUUACAUGACACCCCUUGUCCAUCUUCUCUCCUGUUUCCCCUCAAAGCAGACACCCAAACACAUACUAUAUCCCCUUUGUUCAAACACGUCCACAAACACAUAUCAUAACUCACAUCAACACGGUGCCUAAAAAUACAGACGCCAUUGAACUUCUGUCAAUGCCUUCAUGUAUCGUCUGUCAGUAGCAAUGUAAAUGCUUUGUAGAUGGUUACCUGGACCAUCAUUUCAUUGCUUAGCUCACAGCUUUUGAUUAUGCAUUGCGUCUUUCUUUUUUUUAAUUAUUAUUAUUUGAACGAAGAUCUUUGCUGUUUACGCCUUAUACAUGUCUAUCACACUGAAUACGGUACUUUUAGAUGCUCCACCUCCCCCAACUCCGUCCCCUCUAAAUAGACUUGUAAUUAAACAGUUGACCCUUGUAAGAUAAGAUGAAGGUUUUGUGUAACACUGUAGCAAGAUUUGUCAGAUAAGUGUAUAAUAUGAUUUUCAUUAUUAGGGUAGGGGUAAUAAAGGGUAAUGUGGUAUUGUUUAGAACAGAGAACACACACCAAAAAUAUAUGAAAGAUGCUAGAUGAAGCAUUCCAUCAAAUGAACUCAAUCAGUUAUAUAAAACCAUUUGCUAAAUCUGCUGUCCCUAUGUACUUUUCGUCUGUAUAUUCCUGCACUGUCCAGGCUGCAGUUUAGCAAAACGCCAACACCUUCAAUGUCCUCUUGACAGCUUACAGUAGUUUGUUCUUCACAUAAAGGGUUCAGGUGUACAGAAAGAGUCGAUCUCCUCUCUCUAAAAGCUGUAUAAAUUGUAUUGAAGUGAGUUUAGCUUUUUCUCUUUGAAGAAUUUUGUUUAUGUUUAUGUCAUGUUGAAAUCAUUUUAAGGCUGAAAGACCCUGUGAAAUGUAAAAUAAACCAUUAGGAGUUAAUACGGGCUGAAAAAAAAAGAAGAAGAAGUACACAGUUCUGGUAUGUACAGGAAUUUUAGUGUCAAAUAAAUUUUCCUUUCCUUUCAGUAAUGUCAUUUUGAUUGAUACCUCUUGUAAACUUGAGGUCCAGGCAGCUUUCCAUAGUGGUUUGUAUACAAAUUUCUGUUCAUUUACUGGCUCUUGGAUAAGCAACCAAUCAUAUUAUAGCUCAAUACAAAUAGUGAAACAUCAGUUUGACUAUAUCCAUUUUUUUUUUUUCCUUUGUAUCGUCACUUUUAAAUUUCUGUUGAACUAGUUUCUAACAAUUUAGUUAAAGUGCAGAAAUCACCAACACAUCAUCCACGGCCACCUCUCAAACUGCAGAACUGCUUUUCUUAUUUCACUUUUGUCAGAGUCGUUCUCCAUGAACUGUAUUUUGAUUUUCAUUUCAUGGGGUCUUCAAGCAAAAAGAAAAAAAGGAAAAAAAAAAGAUUAAAAAAGGGAAAUAGUGUAUGAGCGCUGGGUCAUAGAUCUGCAGGGGCCUCCUUUCUAAAACUUCUAACUUAAGACAAAAGAGAAGCACAAAAAUGUCUAAAUGAGUAACUGUGUUCCUUUGCCAACAACUAGUUCACCCUGGGAAUGGUUCUUCUAUUCAAAUGGGUAGUGGGAAGAAGACAAGGCUGUCUUUGAGUCAAUUCUAGAAGAAAAAUACAGUGCAUCUUUUUGAAAAUGUAAACUGAAUCAUGUUUUUUUAUUGAAAAAAAAAAUGUUUCUAAUAUUUUUUGGUUUAAAUGGUUCUAAGCUCCCUGCUGUAUAUUGUGUCUGCUAAAAUGUGGUUAAUUGUGAAAAUUGCUGUUAAAUUCUGGAUUCCCGUUACUCCUUCAAAUUUGUAUAUUAGCCACCUUAUCUAUUUACUUUUUAUCAUUUUUCAUUGCAUAAUCCUUAUUGGAAAUCUUUUAAACAAAUGUAUUUUGUUUUGGCACAAGGCAUGUAUAUAAUGUGUGAGAACUAAACUUUGGUAAUACACAUUAGCAUGUUUUUGUUUGGUUCUUUAUCAUGAUUAAUUCAUUUGAACUGAAGUUAUUUAAGAGAGAACCACAAUGAAAGUAUAUUUGUUACUUUGGAGAACAGUGGCUUCUUGUGUUUGUGGCAUGCUCUUCGGUGCUACACAUCUAAAGGAUUUGGUGUUGUA